AGAAAUGGCGACUGUAAUGAAGCGAGCAGUGAGCUUACUCUCUUUCGCAUCUCGUCCACUGCUUUCUGGAAGCAGACAUGGCCCAGUGUCCUGUUUGGGCUCUAACAGCUACAGAAAUUCAUCAACUUCAUCCAAAAUCAGUGUGGAUUUGGACAGCAGCACUGGAAUUGCUGUCAUAAAGUUUCAGAGUCCACCUGUCAACAGCAUGAGUCUGGAGUUUCUGACUGAAUUCUCCAUCAGUUUAGAGAAGCUUGAGCUUGACAAGAGCUGCAGAGGAGUGAUUCUAACCUCGGCCCAGCCAAAGAUUUUCUCUGCAGGCCUAGACAUCAUGGACAUGUACGGCAAGAGUCCGGAGCACUACGAGGAGUUCUGGAAGGCUGUGCAGGACAUGUGGCUCAAACUCUAUGGCUGCAGCAAGAUUGCCAUUGCAGCCAUCAAUGGUUCAAGUCCUGCUGGAGGAUGUUUGAUGUCUAUGUCCUGUGACUACAGAAUCAUGGCAGACAACCCUCGCUACAACAUAGGCCUCAAUGAGACGCAGCUCGGUAUCGUUGCACCAUUUUGGUUCAAGGACACUAUAGUAAACACAGUGGGCCACAGGACAGCAGAGCUUUCCCUUCAGUACGGCAUUAUGUACAGUUCUACUGAUGCCCUCAAGAUUGGUCUGGUUGACCAGUUGGUGCCCGAGGAGAAAAUUCUCACCACUGCCACAGAAACAAUGACCCGGUGGCUGGCCAUCCCAGAUCAUGCCCGUCAGAUCAGCAAGUCUAUGUUGAGAAAGCCAACGGUAGACAGACUGCUAACCAAUCGAGAAUCUGACACUAAAAGCUUUGUCAGCUUCAUCAGCAAAGACUCGAUCCAGAAGUCUCUUGGCAUGUACUUGGCUAUGUUGAAGCAGAGAAAGGCUUGAAGCAGAGACAGGGCUGAUUUACUGAUUGUGCUUGGACUUGCAGUAUCUUUUGUUUAAAAACAGCAGUGUUAUGUAGGAUUACUGACUUCUCCUAGUUGUAGGUGUCUAUACAUUAAACUUGACCAGUGACGUGA